AUGACUGAUAUUGAAUAUCUCAAGAGCCUACAGGCAGUGCGUGACAGAGCUCAGUUGGUCUUAAAAGCAGCUGAGAAGGACGAACUUACUCAUUUUGCCUACGAUGCUUCGCUCAUGCCGAAGGCUGCUGACUUUGUUGCGGGUAUCAUAACUAGAGACUUUGGACCUGACCGAUUUGAUCAAAUUCCGCCUCAUGGAAGAUGGCAGCACUUUGACGUUGGCGGUGUGGCGCGGAUUGACCAGCUCGUUCACGAGUGGAAGCUCCAGGGCUUGAAUAAACAAGAAACCACACGUCGCUUGAUUGAUCUCUUUUUCGUUGCUGUGCUUCUUGAUGCUGGUGCUGGUGAUACUUGGUCUUUCACUGAGCCUGGGACUGGUAACGUCUAUGGGCGAAGUGAAGGUAUCGCUGUUGCAGCUUUGUAUAUGUUCAAGGCUGGUGCGUUUUCAAGCAACCAAGGCAAGGCUGAGUCAGUCGAUGGAAAUGCUUUGGCAAGUUUGGAAUUUGACAGUUUCCAUCAUCAUUUCCAACUUCAGCCGAAGAACAUGAUCGUGGGCGAGACUUCCCGUGUCAAGUUGCUGAAGGCUGUCGGUUUGUCCUUGUUGGCUCUACCCGACAUUUUUGGAACCGACGGAAGGCCUGGAAAUCUCGUUGACUACUUGAGCCAAAAUGGUGACAAUUCGGAGCCUCUGGACUUUGAAACAUUGUGGUCAGUCUUGCAAAAGACACUUCUUCCCGCUUGGCCGAAAGAUCGCACUCAUGUUGCCGGUGUUCCAAUCGGAGAUGCGUGGCCACUUGAGGUCCUGGCACGCAUCAACUCCGGCAAGCAAAGCGAGAACAACACGCUUGGCAUCCAACCAUUCCAUAAACUGACCCAAUGGAUGGCAUAUUCACUAACAGUGCCUUUCAUCAGAGUUCUACAACGCGAAUGGAAGAACCUCGAUCUGGGCACCGGACUCCCAGAGUACAGAAAUGGCGGUCUUUUCGUCGAUCUGGAGAUUCUGAAGCUGAAGGAAGAGACUCUGAAACAAGGGCUGGAUGCUUCUAAGCAAGAAUUGCCGAGUUUCAAUGCCACUGGAGAUGUGAUCGUUGAAUGGCGUGCGAUGACAGUGGCGCUACUUGAUGAGCUUCACAAGCUUCUUAGUGAUCAGUUCUCUGGACAAGGAAUUUCGUUGACUAUGCCACAAAUGCUGGAAGCCGGUACCUGGAAGGGUGGUAGGGAGCUUGCUGCUAAGUUCCGGCCCCUGACUAAGUCUAGUCCUAUCUUGAUUGAAGGUGAUGGGACCCUUUUCUGA